AAGUCAUGUGGAUGGAAAUAGCAGAGUGCAUCCGCCGAAGACGAAAGGUCCGAGAAAGAUGCGCGAAGAGGAGGAUGAGACCGCGGCCAAGCCGGCCAGGAACUCUCGCAUUUUGCCAACCAAGUCGGUCGACGUGGCUGAGUGUGAUGUCGGGAAGGAGCAAGCGCAGAAACUUUGCGGCUACCUAAACAAACUGGUGGGCAGGGGACCUCUGAAGGGCUUCAAAACCCGCUGGUUCUUCUACGACCCCAGAAAAUGUUAUUUAUAUUACUUUAAGACUGCUCAUGAUGCGCUACCGCUGGGGUACAUCGACAUUGCAGACGCCUGUUUUACAUAUGAUCUGGAAGGAGAAGAGGGUCAGUUCGAGAUCCGAACCGCGGGCAAGGAGUUCCUGCUGAAGGCCCCCAACAAGCAAGUGAUGCACUACUGGCUUCAACAACUUCAGCAGAAGAGAUGGGAAUUUAGUAACAAAAGAGGAUGUGGCAACCCAGACAACUACUGCUCCUCCACUCUGCUGCACCCUCAUACAGGCCUGGUGGCCAAAGAUGCAGAUGCUUUUCUGCCUGAGCAGCCCAGUGAAAGCAUGGAGAGCGUGCGCAGUGAUUUCACAGAAGAAGCUGAUGCGAAUGGUUUGGUUGGACUCCAGACUGCAAAGAACCCAACAGCACUUAAUUUUUCUCUUCGAAACUGGAGCACUGAGCUGAGAAACAGCAUGUCGUACUUGCGCCCCGGCCGGGGAGGAGAAAACAGGCGCAGUGUUUUUUACACAGCCAGUAAUGAGGAAUGGGAGCUGGUGGAAUCCCCCACUAAAGAUAUUCCAGAUCAAAAGCCUCCACCUGAGAGCCAGCGGCGUGAGAGCCCUUCACACUUACAUAGAAAUUCCAUCGGCUCGGCAUUCACAUUUGACUUCCGGAACUCGUCUCGCAUUAAGAGGUCAUUUAACUUGGGUUUGGCUAAAUCUAACCGCAGUGCAGAGACGUCGCCGGUGGAGUUUAAUGGCGGUAGGGCCUCAGAGCUGCAACUACAACUGCAGAGCCAGCAGGAGGAGCUCAACCGCAUGCAAGAGGAGCAAAGCCGCCUACAGGAGGAGCUCAUCAGUCAAAAGGAGCUGGUGCGUCUCCUCCAGCAAACUCUGAGAACUGCGCAGUGUGAGCGCUGGCCCGGGGAAAAGGAGACAGCCGGGGCAUUGGCCGAGCGCAACAGGCAGAUUCAGGACCUGUGUGGGCACAUGGAAAGACUGGCACUGGAGAAAGAAAGCCUGCAACAGGAACUAAAAAACCUAAAGCUCAAAGUUGGAGAGAUUAACGAUCAGUUAGGCAUGCUGAUGGAGACCAUCCAGGCUAAAGACGAGAUCAUCAUAAAGCUGUCGCAGCAAAGUCAAGAAGGAAACGCAGAGGCAACCGAGAGCAGCUCUCCAAUCACAAGGGACCCACAAGAGCUUAUUCACCUGCGGGACAGCCUUCAGGGCUACAAAUCCCAAAAUAAUUUUCUGAAUAAAGAAAUCCUUGAACUGACAGUAUUACGAAGAAAAGCUGAAGUUAGAGAGAAAACCCUGGAGGCAAAAUACAGUGCUUUGGAGGCUAAGCUGUGCCAGGUGGAGAGUAAGUACUUGGUGCUCCUGCAGGAGGUAAAGACUCCAGUUUGCUCCUCCUAUGAGCAGGGCCCGAGUGGAGAAGUCAUAUCCAGACUGCUGGAGGAUGCGCUGCAAGUAGAGAUGUCUGACCAGCAGGAGCACACUAUAUUCAAACCUCACCCUGUCAGUGAGUAUGAUGUGUACGGCUUCAAAACGGUUCCAGAGGAGGAGGAUGAAGAGGAGAAGCUGGUUGCCAAAGUCAGGGCUCUGGAGCUUAGGUCUCUUUCGCUGACCGACCAGGAGGUUUCAGUUGGGGUGAAGUGGGAAAACUACCUGGCUGGCACCAUGAACAGAGAGAUGGUGCGCUGUCUCGAGCUGAAAGUUUUAAUCCGCAGCGGCGUUCCUCAUGUUCAUCGUUCCAAAGUUUGGAGCUGGUGCGUCAACUUCCACGUUAAAAAGCUCCGCGAGAGCCAGCCAGCGGACUAUUAUGAGAACCUGCUGUGCACCGCGAGGGACAAACCGAACCCAGCCUCUAAGCAGAUAGAGCUGGACUUGUUGCGAACACUGCCCAAUAACAAGCACUAUUCUUCACCUUCUGCUGAAGGUAUCCAGAAACUAAGGAAUGUGCUGCUGGCUUUCUCCUGGAGAAACCCAGACAUUGGUUACUGCCAGGGACUCAACAGGCUAGCAGCCAUAGCUCUUCUGUAUUUGGAGGAAGAAGAGGCUUUCUGGUGUCUUAUCACCAUUGUGGAGGUUUUUAUGCCACGAGACUAUUACACUAAGACACUACUUGGCUCACAGGUGGACCAGCGUGUGUUUAAGGAUCUGAUGAAUGAGAAGCUGCCCAGGAUUCAUUCACAUUUUGAACAGUAUAAAGUGGAUUUCUCCCUCAUCACUUUUAACUGGUUCUUGGUGGUGUUUGUGGACAGUGUGGUCAGUGAUAUCCUCUUCAAGAUAUGGGAUGCUUUUCUUUACGAGGGCCCCAAGAUCAUAUUUCGAUAUGCUCUUGCACUCUUCAAAUGCAAAGAGGAGGAGUUUUUGAAGUUGCAGGACACCAUGUCUAUUUUUAAGUAUCUUCGAUAUUUUACACAGACAAUCCUUGAUGCAAGAAAGCUCAUGAACAUGGCUUUUGUGGACAUGAACCCAUUUCCGCUGAAGCAAAUUCAAAACCGUCGUACCUUUCACCUGGAAAAGGUUCGACUGGAGCUUACCGAGCUGGAGGCUAUACGGCAAACGUUUUUACGCGAGAGAGACAACUCCCAGGAUGGACGCUCACUCAUCAGUGAAGAUGAGGAGGACAACUAAGUCAGUGUCGAUCGGUGAUUAGAGCUGUUUGAAACAGGGAUCUGUGCCUCUUUAAUUGCUCCCACCAGUUUACAGUCAGCUACACAAUUAUUGGCACCCUUGGUGUAGACUGAUGUAGACACCUGUGUUUAAUGUGCUUGAUAAAACAAUGAAAAUGUGCAACAUAAUAGCACUGAGACUUCUCUUAUAAAUUGGUAUGAACUCCAUUAGGGUCCCUUUAAGCAAUCAUUCAAAAUGAAGCUGCUUUUUCAUACAGUAGAAUGCUGGGAAUGCAGCUCUGGUACAUCAUUUUUAUAACUGUUGUGUUAUCACUAUCAUACACAUUCCACACUUUUGUAUAUUAAUCAAAUUAUUUUUCCUGUCACUUGUUUACCUCUUUAUAUAAACUAUAUUCAUAUUACUGCUGUGCACUAUCUCAUUUGAAAUACAUUUUGCUUUUUUUAUAUACAAUGUUAUAGGUUUUGCUCAACUUCAAAUACAUUUCCUUCUGAAGCACUUAAAUCACUUUAAAUUAGAGACAUACAAUUAUAGUACAAAUUGUAGAUCAGAAAACCAAAACCAAGCAGUAUUUUUUGUCCAGUGUAUGAACUUCUUCAGAAACCCACUGAAAGAUCUUGUUUCCAGCCAUGAAUUAAAUACAGUGCCUAAACAAUGCAAAUGUUUCAUGCUGAAUUUUGAUUAGUUUGAAUUCUUAUGAGUCAGGAUUUUACAGUAUACAGUAUAUCCAGUUCUCUGCCUGUGUAUUAUAUUGACAGCUGUGUGUGGCUUUAUUUCAGGACAGUUUUGAUAAUAUACAUUUUAUUUUAGUGCAUCAUUUUCAGUUAAUGUUUACACGUGUAUUGUUCUGACAGCAAAGUUGCAUUUUGGUACAUUACAGAUAAUAAAGACUUUCAAAAAUUUUCUUUAGCAGGGAGCAGUAUCAUAUCAGUUUUAUUCAUUAUUAUACUAAGCUUUGGUUAGCUUUUUUAUUUCACGUCACAUGUUUUGUGGCUUAAUUUAGAUUACAAAUGGUAUUGAAUUUUUGAGGCCUUAUUGAUGAGGGACAUGAAAUGUCCAUGUAUUGUUUUUUUUGUUUUGUUUUUUACAUUUUUACCUUCAUUUAAAUAUACACUUUUUGUUUUUUUAGUUGAUUUGACUUUGGACAUUACUGUUUAUACCUGCAUACACAAUAUAACAUGUAUUACUUUUACAUGCAGCAGUGUUUAAUAAUUUGUCAUUAUUAUUUGUUUUAUUUUUAACUGAUUAGAUAAAAACUGAUUAGAUGGCUUUCAGUGUAUUGUAUAUUACACAUUCCAUGUGUAUUUGUACCCAAAAUUGUCUUAAAAAUAUGCCGGAAAUUUCAUUGAGUAAUGAUACAAUGCUGUGAACUUUGAGAGCUGGUCUCUCAAUGUGUCUUCAUGACAUUUUGUAGGAUUUUAUUCUGACUUAAAACUGUUAAAACUUUAAGUUUCUUCAGUAAAAACUUUGGACAUUGGCCUUACCCUUCUCUAUGACUCUCACAUAUUUCUAUUAUAUUUGGCCUACAAGUAUUAUUUACUUGUACACUUUGUUUAAAAAACAUCUAAAUUUAAGCAUUACUUAGUCCAUUUCCUUCCACUAUUGUUUAUUAAAUAAGCUGGCAUGUGAUUCUUAUUGUUGUUGCCCAACAGCUUACAGGUUUAUUAUAUACAUACAUGUAAAGCAUAUAUAUUUAAAACAUUUAAAGAUGCUUUCUGAUGUAAUCGUUUUCUGUUGUUUCACUGAUUGUUAAAUAAAUUGCCUAAGCAUACAGAAGAUCCCUGCUUCAGAGUAGUGUGUGUACAACUGAAUGUGUGUUAAGUGAGUUGAGAUUCA